AUGGAUUCGGCGUUUAUGGAUAAAGCUUGGGACAAAUGGGUUUCGACGGGUAACGUCGGAUCUUCAGGAAAUCCAUUGAAAGCUGCUGUUUUGAUUAACUAUGACCCUACAGGACCUUCUCGUCUCUUAUCAACAAUAGCUGAACAAGAAGGUAUAGAUCUGUAUCCAGUUGAGCUAAAGCAAUUCAUCGAUUUCAUGAGAAGAGGCAAUCUUCCUACAGAGACCUUUGUUCUUGGAUCCAACCAAUACAUAGUAACAUCACUUCACGAGAAUUGGUUCGCUGCUCGGUGCUUAAACACAACACAGCCUGCUGGUGAAGGAGCUGUCGUUAUCCAGACCGCGGCUCACAUAUUGGUUGCUCUGUACGAUGGAUCAAUUGGUUCAGCUUCUCAAGCUAUGGCUUCAGCUGAUCACUUUGUAUCGUUUCUGAGUCGGAAAAACUUCUAG